CCGGUGACCAGAGGUAGGGAAGGAAGUCAUCCCGAUCCGGAGUGGACAGGUGGGGAGGGGACGACUUGCCUCGCCGAGGCCGCCGCCCGCCAGGAGCGUGCCCAAGGGCGAAGGUCCGGAGACCUCAGCUCCCGGGCACCGAAGACGACCGCCAUGCCUGCGCGUUGCGUGGCCGCCCACUGCGGCAACACCACCAAGUCCGGGAAGUCGCUGUUCCGCUUCCCCAAGGACCGGGCCGUGCGGCUGCUCUGGGACCGCUUCGUGCAGGGCUGCCGCGCCGACUGGUACGGGGGCAAUGACCGCUCGCUCAUCUGCUCCGACCACUUUGCCCCAGCCUGUUUCGACGUCUCUUCGGUCAUCCAGAAGAACCUGCACUUCUCCCAGCGCCUGAGGCUAGUGGCAGGCGCCGUGCCCACCCUGCACCGCGUGGCCGCCCCGGCACCUACAUGGAAAGAGGAGGGAGCCCAAGCAGGCCGCCCCGACACGGGAGGAGAGCUGCAGGCAGCCAGGCGUUCUGCGGCCGUCCCGGGUCCAGUCUCCGGUACACGCCUCCGGGCUGAGAAGCGCGCUGCAGCUUCACAGAUUACAUGUGAAAAUGAAGUCAUGCAAACCCAAGCCCAUGCUGAUAAUCCAUCUAAUGUCACUUCAGUGCCUACUCACUAUGAAGAAGGCCCAGUGCAUAAAAGUACACAAAUUUCUUUGAAAAGGCCCCCUCACCGUAGUGUGGGUAUUCAAGCCAAAGUGAAAGUGUUUGGAAAAAGACUGUGUAAUGCAACUACUCAGACAGAUGAAUUGUGGUCUAGAACUUCUUCUCUCUUUGACAUUUACUCCAGUGAUUCAGAAACAGAUACAGACUGGGAUAUCAAGAGUGAACAGAGUGAUCUGUCUUACAUAGCUAUAAAGGUGAAAGAAGAGACAUGUGAAAAAAUCAACAUCAAAUGCUCUGAGGUGCUAUAGAUUUUCAAAUCUUUACUCUUUUUGCUAUUGUAAAUCUUUCACUUC